GAACACAAACGUCCCUCCCUGAAACCCAUAGUGGUAGUGGGAACUAUGCAUCCGCGGUAGGUCACGCAGCUCACGCGCAUCUGCUCUUACCUAUCCGGUCCAUAUAUGCAUGCUUGUCUCGUCCGCUUGGCCGGCCACAGUUAGUUCACGCAGUUGAAGUAGCUUGUGUGCAUUCCUCAGUCCGUCCGUCUCUAGUGUGCCAUGGCUCGGCUCUACCACCUCACCUUCCUCUCCGUCUUCUUCUACCUCCUCCUCACCGGCCUCGUGGCUGCCGAUCCGUCUGGAGGGAAGAAGGUCGGCAAGAAGGUGAUCAUGACGGUGCGGUACCCGGCUGCCGACUCGGGGGAGAAGAUCACGAUCUCGACGCGCCUCAUCGGUGAGGGCGGGGUCGGCGACAGCCACUUCCAUCUCGACGGCGACGACUACGAACCCAUCAUUUUCGCCACGAAAAACCUUGUCUCGGCCUGGAGAAGGUGGGAGAUCCGCAGGCCAAUCUAUCCGAGCUGUAGAAGCACGUACUUGACGUGAGUGAGCUUUCACGGGGCUCACUGCAUGCUCAGUGGUGGUUGCAUGCCCAGUCAGUGGAGAUUGGCAAUGGAGCUCCUCUUUUCUUUCCUCUCAGCGAGAAUACAUUAGGCGCUUUUUAUUUUGUUGUAGUGCCCAUUCGGGGAGCGUGUCCGGUGGCCUAUUAUGUAGGCUGUGUAUCUUGGAUUAUGUAAUCUUUUGGGUUCGAGAAAGAAAAUAUUUCGUUGUUCA